AUGGAUAAUAUCACUAGAGUGAAUGAGUUUAUUUUGCUGGGACUGCCCUGUGUUCAGGAGCUGAAGCCAGUAAUCUUCAUGAUAUUCCUCAUUCUAUAUAUGAUAAAUCUGUUUGGAAAUGGGGCCAUAUUAAUGAUCGUCAUCUUAGAGCCAAGACUCCACUCCCCUAUGUAUUUUUUCCUGGGGAAUCUUUCUUGUCUUGAUAUCUGCUAUUCCUCGGUGACACUGCCCACGCUCAUGUGGAACCUCCUUUCCACUCGCAAGGCCAUCUCCUUCCUAGGCUGCAUCAGCCAGCUACAUUUCUUCCACUUCCUGGGCAGCACCGAGUCCAUGCUGCUAACCACAAUGGGCUUUGACCGAUUUGUGGCUAUCUGCUACCCGCUCUGCUACACAAUCAUCAUGAACCCACAGAUGUGCGUUCUGUUGGCAGGUGGGGCCUGGCUCGCCAGCUUCUUCCAUGCUCUGAUGCACUCAGUCAUGACUGCACGCCUGAACUUUUGUCACUCUCAGAAACUCAGCUACUUCUUCUGUGAUGUCAAGCCACUCUUGAACUUGGCUUGUGGUGACAUACGGCUCAAUCAGUGGCUCAUUCGCAUUGUCACUUGCAGCCUAGUCAUAGCAACUUGCUUCAUGACCCUUCUCUCCUACUUUUACAUUAUUGGCUUCCUUCUGUUCAAGCACAGGUCCUGCAGUGCGCUCCACAAGGCUCUGUCCACUUGUGCUUCCCAUUUCAUGGUAGUAUCUCUCUUUUAUGGAACUGCGGGCCUUGUCUACAUUCUCCCUACCUCCAACACCUCUGUCAUACAGGAACGGUUUGUGGCUGUCAUACACACCACUGUCACCCCAGUGCUGAAUCCACUGAUAUAUACACUGAGGAAUAAAGAAGUGAUGCUGUCUCUGAGGAAAAUCUUUUGUAGGGAUUUGUUUGCCUAA